AUGUCUUCACCAACAGCCAAACAGCCUUCCAUCAAAGCUGGCAGUUCUAGAACUUCUGAUGAAGACCUAGCACCUUCUGACUCUAUAUCUCAGGCUAACAGACCUCCUAAAGAGAACAGGAAUGCUAUGUCUGAUUGGAGUUUAAAGGCUGCAAGUCUCCUUGAUGACAUUGAUGUUGACAAGUAUACUCCUUAUGGGCCUACUACACCUAAUCACCUUAGAGAGUUGACCUCUGCUGAAAAGGAGAGAUACUCAUACUAUCCUUCUUCUGCUAAACUUAUAAAUGAAGUUUCUAAAGAUCACCAUGUCAACUCUAGAAGGAGAACUGCUAGACAAAUAGCAUGGCUUAUAACCUAG